UUUCUAUAAAAGCUUCAAAACAAGAUCUGACACCAUUAUAUUUUGAUGAUAUAUUUUUUGAGAGAAAAUAUUUUUUCAUAUAUUCUAAUUUGUUUAUGAUAUUUGUAAAAAUUACUUAUGGAUUUACAUAAUGUUGUUUUUGCAAGUCCGAAUUCAGUUAAGUGGAUAUUAAUGUUCAUAUUGUGAAGAUAGACUGUUUAGUGUCCAUAGUGGAUAAGUGUAAACAAUUUUGUAAGGUAGCUUAAUGUUGAUUGCAUAAUCAAUAAUAGACAAUUUUAGCAGCUCGGUUGAGCAUUUUAACUAAUUUAUUUUGAUAUUUUUUUUAUUGUGCAUAAAGCAUUUUAUGAGUUUUAAAAAGUAUUGUCAAAAUAUAUUCAAGUGAGGUCUUGUUUUGAAGGUCUUCUCGAGAUAUAAUUGUGCAAUUGGAAUUUGAAUUUGAUGGAUGCUUUAAAAAUUACAAUUUUUUUAGUUUUAAAAUUGCUUGUAUGUGCCAUCGUCUCGCGGUAGUGGAGGAUGAAUUUAGUAUGCCAUACAAUAGUGUGACCGUACCGCUGGCCGUAAUAAAGUCAUUACCUAGAUUAAAUACUUACAAAAUUUCGAUAACCGUCGCGCCCCACCGGGCAGCCCCUCACCCUCCUGUACCGCUCCCUGGAUCCACCUCUCCACGUCAACACGUGAACCCGGUCACUGACCGGCGGGCCCCACUAGCCGCUCCAUCCGUGGACCGCGUCCACCGCCGUGCCCUCGCCUUAAAUCCCGGCCCGGUGUCAGAGCGCCGGGCCUGACCCGGAACCGCCCCGCUCCCCAACCGCCGCCGCCGCCGACACCGCCCCGCCGCGCCGCCGCCGAUGGAGGCGGCUGCCCCCGUCUCCUCCGCGCCCCGCAGCGUCGGGGAAAUUUACAGGGACUACACCGCCCGCCGCGCCGGCCUCGUCCGCGCGCUCACCUCCGAUGUGGACGAGUUCUACGGCUUGUGCGACCCAGAGAAGGAGAACCUGUGCCUGUACGGGCUCCCGAACGGGGGCUGGGAGGUGGCGCUGCCGGCGGAGGAGGUGCCCCCGGAGAUGCCCGAGCCCGCGCUGGGGAUCAACUUCGCCAGGGACGGCAUGAAGCGCCGCGACUGGCUCUCGCUCGUCGCCGUCCACUCCGACGCCUGGCUCGUCUCCGUCGCCUACUUCUACGCCGCCCGCCUCAACGGCAACGACAGGAAGCGCUUAUUUAACAUGAUCAAUGAUCAUCCAUCCGUGUGUGAAACAAUGUUUGACCGGAAGCAAAGGGAGAAUAAGCCUGGUGUUGAUAACAGCGGCAAAUCCAGGCACUCAACAAAGCGAUCAAGUGAUGGCAAGAUCAAGAACUCAAGAUCCGCAGCUGUUGAAGAUGGGUAUGAGGACGACGAAGAACACAGUGAAACCCUCUGUGGCACUUGCAGCAGUUUGUACAACUCGAAUGAGUUCUGGAUCGGAUGUGACAUUUGUGAGCAGUGGUUCCACGGCAAGUGUGUGAGAAUAACACCGGCGAAAGCGGAUCAGAUAAAGCAGUACAAGUGCCCUGAUUGCUCCAAGAAAAGCAGGUAAUAAAACCUUGGAGCUGUGGCCUCCCAUUGCUGACUCAGCUGAUCAACCAAACAAAACUCUCCAAUUUGGCUGUAGAUGUGAAUUGCCAUAGGCAUUGUGUUUGUUGUGUUAGAUGCUGGAAAAGACACAUACAGGAUAGUUGGGUCUAAUAGACUGGUGGUUUUGCUUUUGCUCUUGUUUCAUUGACAUGUGGAUACUAGCCAUUUAGUCUUGAGAAAUCAUCUGUUGAUGCAUCUUAUCUUGGUUGGUGUAA